UUUCCCUUGUCUUCGGCCUCCAAGUCUGUCUUCUACCCUAACAAGAAGUUACAUACUUAUCAAACCCCUUUCCCCGAAAAAUUCAAUAUGAGAGAAGUCGUUAGUAUUCACGUUGGUCAAGCUGGUGUCCAGAUUGGUAAUGCCUGCUGGGAACUUUAUUGCAUGGAACACGGCCUUAGCCCUGAUGGUUUCUUGGCACCUGAUGCCAUGAACGAUCACUCAGCUGACACAUUCUUCUCGGAGACCAGCAACGGAAAGCAUGUUCCUCGUACUGUGUUUGUCGACUUGGAACCCACCGUUAUCGAUGAAGUCCGCACUGGCGCCUAUCGUCAACUCUUCCACCCUGGACAAUUGAUCACAGGAAAGGAAGAUGCUGCCAACAACUAUGCCCGUGGUCACUACACCAUUGGCAAAGAAAUCAUUGACCCCGUCAUGGACCGCAUUCGUAAGUUGGCUGAUAACUGUACCGGUCUCCAAGGUUUUCUUGUCUUCCACUCCUUCGGUGGUGGUACCGGUUCUGGUUUUGGUGCUCUGUUGAUGGAGCGCUUGUCAAUUGAUUACGGAAAGAAGUCCAAGUUGGAAUUUUCUAUUUAUCCCGCCCCUCAGGUUUCCACCGCUGUCGUUGAACCUUAUAACGCCAUUUUGACUACUCACACCACUUUGGAGCACAGCGAUGUAUCUUUCAUGGUCGAUAACGAAGCUAUCUAUGAUAUCUGCCGUCGCAACUUGGAUAUUCAGCAGCCUUCUUACAGCAAUCUCAACCGUUUGAUUGCCCAGGUUGUCUCCUCCAUCACCGCCUCUCUUCGUUUUGAUGGUUCUCUCAACAUGGAUUUGAAUGAGUUCCAGACUAAUCUUGUCCCUUACCCUCGUAUUCACUUCCCCUUGGUUGCCUAUGCUCCCAUCAUUUCUCCCUCCAAGGCCCGCCACGAAUCUCUCUCCGUUGCUGAACUCACCAAUGCUUGCUUCGAUGCUAACAACCAAAUGGUCAAGUGUGAUCCCCGUAACGGUAGAUACAUGGCCUGUUGUAUGUUGUAUCGUGGUGAUGUUGUUCCCAAGGACACCAAUGCUGCUAUUGCCAACGUUCGAUCCAAGCGCACUGUUCAAUUCGUUGACUGGAGUCCUACUGGUUUCAAGAUUGGUAUCAACUAUCAACCUCCCACUGCUGUUCCCGGUGGUGAUGUCGCCAGUGUCACCCGUGCUGUCUGUAUGCUUUCCAACACUACUUCUAUUGCCGAGGCUUGGGCUCGCCUUGACCACAAGUUUGAUCUUAUGUACGCUAAGCGUGCUUUCGUUCAUUGGUAUGUUGGCGAAGGUAUGGAGGAAGGUGAAUUCUCUGAAGCUCGUGAGGAUUUGGCUGCUUUGGAGAAGGAUUACGAAGAAGUUGCCAUGGAUUCUAUGGCCAUGAGCGAUACCGAAGAAGUCGAAGAAUAUUAAUUAUACUGCUAUGACACCAUCCCUGCCAUCUUAUCCAGUACAGUAAUAAUAAAAAAACCCUUUUUUUCAAACGAAAAAAUUGGCGAGCUUUGUGUGCAAAAUGGUCCCAAUUUAUUAUCUGCCCCCCACCAUAUUUUGGUCACCAUUGCACAAAAAAUUGGCUGACUUAACAUGAUCUACCGAGCUACUCAGUUCAUCAUGAAAGCAAGGGAAAACAUU